AAUAGAACACCUACCUGUCACCCGCGACGACCAUUCCGCAAGAGGUUCAAAGACAGGGAGAGUACCCCUUAUGUCUCGAAUCUUCGCGACCACGACGUAAGGAAAGAGAGGCCGAUCAGGAAGAAAUUACGCCUGGAAGCUUACCAACCACGCACAAAGAGGGAGGCCUUUGAGAAGGCAAAAGAAGGACCCAGGACAGAAGAAAAAGGGAGUGACGAAAGCGAGUUAGUGUCUGAACCAGCUGCAUCCGAAGAAACAAUCAAGCUAAGUACAAUGUUUAUCUCUUACGAAAUUGAAGACAUUGGAGUGCUGAGCGAUAGGGUGAGAGUGAAGGAACUCGAAAGCAGCGAGAGAGACAUCAACGCAGUAGAAGCCGGAAAGGAACCAGGAAAGGAUGAUAAGUUAGUGACUCUAGAACAAGUAAAAGAAUGCCAUUAUGGAAGGAAGAGGGACGACCAACGAGAAGACGAACCACGAAGUACCUGGUACGGAACCACGCUAGCCUCAAAGGAACAUGACGAUGAGAUGUGGAAAUCACAGGGAGAUCUGGUUGUAACUGAGAUUCGUUUUGAGAGGGCUAAUGCGAGAGGCGUGAUGUCAGAAACGUCUGGAAGUAGAGAAUCGAAUCGAGUCGAUGGAGGACCUACCAUAAGAAUACUGGACAAGUGCGAGAAUAGGUUGGACAGUCAUGAUAAAAUCGUACCCGUCAAUACAAUUGAACCUAUUAAAAAGAAAGAAGAGGAGCCAGACAGGUACUGUAAUGAUGACGAUGAUACCAUACUCGCAAAACGAGAUGUCCAUCUAUCAGAGAAGAACAGAGUAAUGUUGGUACUGACCAGUGAUAUCACGAUUGCAAAUUGUGAUGACCCGGGAGAACGUAGCAAAAAGGAAAAUGAAGAAUUAGUAAUUAAUGGCACGAGGUAUUGGAACACAGACAGACUUACCAUGAAGAGACCUAAAGCGAAUAGGGUGGGGUUGAGAUAUUAUAAUGAAGAAUGGAUCACGAUUUAUAAGCGGGAUGCCCACCCUUCUGAGGGUAAAAUGGAGUAUGAAACAGAAGGAGUGACAAUGUUCAUAAGUAUGUGGGAACUAUGGGACCCUGAGGACAGCAGAAAUGAUGAUAUUACAGAAGAGGAAUUCACAAACGAUGACAAAUUAGCAGAUCAAGAUCAUUGGUGGGAACGAUACUAUGGGAAAAAGGAUACAACUGUCGGCAUGCCUAUUAACUACCAAGAUGAUGAGGACAAAGUAGUGUUGAUACCAACCAGUGUCAUCACGAUUAUAAGUUGUGAUGAUCCGGGAGGACUUAAAAAAAAAGUGAACCGAGAAUUAACAAUUGGUGAUAGGAAGUAUGGUGAUGCACACGGACUUACUGAUGGGAGACCUGAUGCAAGUGGAGGUGGAUUGGGAUGUCAUGAGGAUGGAGGGACGAUAACCAAUGACCUCGCUGAUGAAAAUAAAAUGGAGGAUGAAAUGAAGGAAGGGAUGGUGGCACCUGAAUACGAAAAAUGGUGGCAAUGGACGAACACGCUCAAGGAGUUAAGGAUAGCAUACAUAGACAUCAUUGCAAAACUAAUACACUCCACAAUGAUGAUUAUUGUCAUAACGGUUCGGAUAAUCAAUGGAACUGUCUUGAAAUCUGAGUGUGCAGGAAUAAUGCGAUGUAUUGGUAGUAUUAGCAGGAAGGUCGGUUGGUGCACAGAAGGAUGGAGGGAAAGAGAGUGUGAAAAGAGAACACAAUGA